UAUCGCGCAGAGCAUUGUGGGUAUUCCAUCAUGGCGGCCGCUCCGAUGUCCUGUGUUACGUAGCAGGCAGCAACUUUAUCGUUAAACUACACAGACAACUCCCUUGACAGUGUUCACAAUGAGGCUGGGUUGUAUUGCAAGACGGGCGACCACCUUUGGCGGUGUUCUCGCCGGCAAAUACACCGGCUUCUGGCUCGGCGUUUCGGCCCGAGCGGGGCUCCGAGUGAAGGGCUACAACCAGGCGCCACUUGACGGCCGAGGCGAGCCGACCAAGCUAGCCUGCUGCUACCGCCUGGACCACAGGGCCCUUCUCCGGGUCCAUGGAGCCGACAUUAGUCCCUUCCUACAGGGGCUGGUGACCAACGAUGUGCUCGCCCUGGAGGAGCCCGGGUGCGGGGCCUUGUACGCGCACAUGCUCAACGUUCAAGGCAGGACGCUCCAUGACGUCCUCUUGUACAGCCAUCAGGAAGCCGGUGCAGGAAGUGGCGUCCUCCUGGAGUGUGACAGCACCAUGAAGGACUCGCUCCUGAGACACCUAAAAAUGUACAAGACCCGCAGAAAGAUUGACAUAAACCUGUGUCCGGACCUUUUUGUGUGGGCGGUGCUUCCCCUGCAAAAAAGUCUGCAACAUUUCAGUCGACCUGAAUUGUCUUCUCCGGAGAAGGCCGUGGUGUGGCAGAUGGAUCCGCGAACGCCGCACAUGGGGUGGCGUUUGGUGCUGGGUAAUCAGGUGGACCCCUGCGAUGUGAUUGCGUUGUGUGAGAAAGGGGAAAUCGAGGAUUAUCACAGGCAUCGCUAUGCCAUAGGACUUCCCGAGGGCGUAAAGGAUCUCCCUCCCGGCGUGGCGUUACCGCUGGAAUCCAAUCUGGUCUACAUGCAAGGCAUCAGUUUCAGCAAGGGCUGCUACAUUGGCCAAGAGCUCACGGCCAGGACUCAUCACACCGGCGUGGUUCGCAAACGGCUCAUGCCGAUCCGCUUGUCGGCGCCCGUCCAAGGCCUGGAGGAGGGAGCCGCGCUGCAAACGCAGUCGGGCAAGCCAGCUGGGAAACAUCGCGCAGGGCUGGGGAAGUUGGGCCUGAGCCUGAUCCGCAUGGCUCAUGCCAAGGAGGUGUUGACGGUCAAAUCUGCAGACGACGCCCAAGUGACACUGGAGGCCUCCGUGCCCGACUGGUGGCCUAAAGACGCGCAAAACAACUGAGGAGGAGGUUUUAUUUCUUCUUGGGAUGUGACUUACAUGCUUUGUGACACAUUUCAAAUAAAAGCCUCCAGUGUCUUUGCCUGACUGACAAAACUUAAAUGUUUCCUUGAAGGACAAAUAAAGACAUUGACCAUGUACUGCAGCACUAUACAGCAAAAUACCAAUCAUGUCAUUUGAUGUGCCUAUUAAAUUAUUUCAAAUACAAUUUUCAAUAAAAGUGUCUACAUUCUCAAA